AUGGCUGCAGUGCUUCCAGGCGUAGUAACCCAGAUUCAUCAGAUAUACAACAACAAUGCCCAGUGUAAUUUCAAGACCUUUAAUUCAGCCAAACCGCUAAAAUUUUCUGGGUCUGAAGGAGCAACCGCACUCUUACAAUGGUUUGAAAGUAUAGAAAGCACAUUCCGCCAUGUUCAGUGUCCCAAUGAGCGAAAAGUAGAUUUUGCUUCGAGUGUCUUUCAAAGGAGAGCACUCACUUGGUGGAAUGGUAUUAUGAGGGACCGGGGUGCCGAGGUAGCAAUGGAACUAACAUGGGAAGAAUUUAAGGAUCUUAUGAAGAAGGAAUUUUGCCCACGAAGUGAAAUAAGGGCACGGGAAAAGGAGUUCUAUUAUUUGAAACAGGAUAGUGGGGAAAAUCGUGCCUACACUGACCGAUUUGAACAGUUAAGCCUACUUUGCCCCACUAUGGUCACACCUUUGGAUCGGGCCAUUGAGAAAUACAUCGAUGGUUUACCUAACCCUGUGCAAGACAUCGUCACUGGCAGCCAACCUGCAACGCUCAGGGAGGCUAAGGAAUUAGCUGCUAUCUUGACUGAUUCACAAGUUAGAAAAGGUAAGUUAUCUCAAUAA